CAAAUGUUGGUCGUUUCCGUUGCUCCUCCUUGGUUUGGUUUGGGGCGAAUCAAAGUCUUCAUGUCUGAGACAACUCGAAGCUUUUACAAAGCCACUUCCUCAAAUACCAACACACCCACUUCGGUUUUUGAAGGCUCCUCCGACUCCACGUGCGGCGCUUCAGCGUCCCAAGUUCGUGUUUUUAUGAGGAGAAAUAAGAGAGCCAGAAUGACGGUGGAACUUCAACCAAAGGAGCAUCUACCCCCAACCCAGCACCACAAAUUUACGCUUAAAAAGGAGUUUGGCCUUCCUGAAAUUGAAGAUUUUGCAUUCGGAGGAGCAAAUGAGUCAACUCAGUGUGGGAAAUCAGAAAUGGGCUCAGAUGUGACUCCGGGGGAAAGCAAAGUUGCUUCUCCAAUCCCCAGAGGUGAAUAUCCUCCUCACUGGGAAAAGAUACUUGAGGGGAUUCGCAAAAUGAGGUGUUCUGCAGAUGCUCCAGUAGACACUAUGGGAUGUGGGAAAGCUGGUGAAACUCUACCUCCUAAGGAAAGAAGAUUUUCUGUCCUGGUAUCUUCUCUUCUAUCAAGCCAAACCAAGGAUCAUGUUAAUCACGGAGCAAUCCAACGUCUUCUUCAAAAUGGUCUGCUUACUGCUGAUGCAAUCAACAAUGCUGAUGAAGAAACCAUCAAGAAAUUGAUUUACCCUGUUGGGUUUUAUACAAGAAAAGCCACUAACUUGAAAAAAAUUGCAAAUAUUUGUCUCAUGAAGUAUGAUGGAGACAUACCUAGCUCAAUUGAGCAACUACUCUUACUUCCAGGCAUAGGUCCUAAGAUGGCUUAUUUGGUUAUGAAUUGUGGAUGGAACAAUGUCCAAGGUAUAUGUGUAGAUACUCAUGUCCACCGCAUUUGCAAUCGGCUUGGUUGGGUGUCAAGAUUGGGCACAAAACAGAAAACUUCGACACCUGAAGAGACAAGAGAGGCACUGCAACGGUGGCUUCCAAGGGAAGAAUGGGAUCCAAUAAAUCCUCUAUUGGUAGGGUUUGGACAGACAAUUUGUACACCUCUACGACCUCGUUGUGGAGAAUGUACUAUAAAUGAGUUAUGCCCAUCAGCGUUCAAGGAGACCUCAAACUCAACCCCAUCUUCCAAGUCCAAAAAGUCCACACUCAACAAGAAGCUUUAACCUAAUUAGUUCUUUUGGAUUUGGGUUACUUUUUUUUUUGGGUCUCAAUCAGCCCCACAUCUAGAGAUGUACAUUUUGUAGAAAUAUUCGUACUUAACAUUGGAGGGCAAGAGGAUCUGA